UAACAUACAAACAUAAACUUAUAGGAAUUCUAGCUACGAUAAUUGAAGGCAGAUAGAGAUGCCGAAUAUUCAUGUGGUGCGGAGCUAUGCUCUUGUGUUAAUAAUGGCGGUAUCGGUGACGGUGGCGGCGGCGAUGGACGGAGAGCGGCCGAGCUCCACCACUGUCCCGGCGGCGCAAAUAGCGGACAGAGUGGGGCGACUGCCGGGGCAGCCUCCAGUGAGGUUCAAGCAGUAUGCAGGGUAUGUUACUGUGAACCAAACUCAUGGGAGAGCACUGUUUUAUUGGUUCUUUGAGGCCAUCAGGAAUCCGGACAAGAAACCUCUCCUCUUGUGGCUCAAUGGAGGCCCAGGCUGCUCAUCAAUAGGUUACGGGCAAUCCGAAGAGUUGGGGCCUUUCUUUCCUCAGAAGGGUAAACCAGAGCUAAAGUUCAACAAGAACACAUGGAACAAAGCGGCCAACUUACUGUUUCUGGAAUCGCCGGUUGGCGUUGGAUUCUCAUACACCAAUACAUCCAGCGACAUUAAGCAGCUCGGGGACACUAUUACAGCUCAAGAUUCAUACAAUUUCUUGAUUGGCUGGUUCCGAAGGUUUCCACAAUUUAAAUCCCAUGACUUUUACAUUGCUGGGGAAAGUUAUGCAGGGCACUACGUCCCUCAGCUUGCGGAGGUUGUCACAGACAAAAACAAACAUGCUAGCGAUGACGACUACAUUAAUCUCAAGGGAAUUAUGGUAGGAAAUGCAGUAUUGGACGACGAAACGGAUCAAAAAGGACUGAUAGACUACGCAUGGGAUCAUGCAGUGAUAUCGGAUGCACUGUAUCACGAAAUAAAGAGUAAAUGCAAUUUUAGCAACGCGAAUUUAACCGACGAUUGCAACCACGCUCUCGACAAAUACUUCGAUGUAUACAGGAUCAUAGAUAUGUACAGUUUGUAUGCUCCUACAUGUGUGAACAGCAAUUUCACCACCGUUUCCAAACCCCUUUCACAUGUUAAGGGUGCUGUUCCGAGGCUUAUAUCCAACAUUGACGGAAGGCGUAGGAGGGCGUUGGCCGGGUACGAUCCUUGUGCAUCGGAUUAUACUGAGGUGUAUUUCAAUAGGCCUGAUGUACAACAUGCUCUUCACGCUAAUGUCACCAAGAUUCCUUAUCCCUGGACACACUGCAGUGACAGUAUCACGUUUUGGAAGGAUGCACCCACCUCCAUACUCCCUAUUAUCAAAAAACUUAUCGCCGCGGGUCAGCGAGUUUGGGUUUUCAGUGGAGAUACCGAUGGUAGAGUUCCGGUGACAGCAACCAGAUACUCUUUAAGAAAGCUGGGGUUGAACAUCAAACAUGAUUGGACUCCUUGGUACACUGACAAGCAGCAGGUUGGGGGCUGGACAGUGGAGUACGACGGUUUGACAUUCGUGACGGUGAGAGGAGCAGGGCACGAGGUUCCCACAUUUAAGCCAAGGCAAGCGCUUCAGCUGGUUAACCAUUUUCUCCAAGACCAAAGACUUCCUCCUCACCCAUUUUGAAUUUUACUGCUUUUUUUCAAGUUUACAUUUUUGGGCACUCGAUAUAUCACAUCUUAUGGGACGAAUAAAAAUCACCGUAAUGAAAUUGAUCCAUAAUUAGGGUAAUUGCAGAUCUGCACAUCUCUGCAUGGUUCUUUAUAUUGAUUUUUUGGGCUUAAACAAGCAUAUACUUGAGAGCUGAAUUUAUAUCCCAAGAGUAAGGGUGACAGAUGGGCAGGUUGGCUC